AUCAUAUCAUACGCCAUGAAAGUGGGCGACCUUCAAUUCAGAUUUUCACUGUAAAUCUGAUUUCUUCCGUCAUCAAUUCUAUUGUCAAACCAUACACCAAGAGAAUGUGUGUCGUUUACUCGAAAUUCUCACUGUAGAUUAGUUUUCCGUCGGCGGAGUGAUCAGUUCUCCGGUGAUCGUUAAAAUGGGCGAUCUUCACUCAAUUGCGUACUUUAGCAACCAACAUAGCCAUCGCACUCCCCUGAGUUGGGAAAUCUACAAUCAUCAACUUCUCAACACAGACAUUUCUCACUGUUAUGGUGCAGGUAUGGAGACGAAGGAUACUCAACCAUUCUAUGAUCAAUCGCUGUUAAAUUCCGAUCUCUCAUCGGGUUAUUUAGAGGAUGCGUUGUUUGAAUUCAGCUCGAAACGACGCCGCUUGAUGAUGACACCUGAUGAUCACCAUAUAACCAGUUACCAGAAUUCAACUCCUCCUUCAUAUCCGAGCUACUGGGAUUUCAAUUCCACUGAUGAGUUUGACAAUUUCAGUGGGCUUAAUGUAAGCGGGAAUAACUCAACUUCAUCUUCACAAAGCAAGACUUCAAUCAACAGCCAGUUUCUCUCUGAAAAG